AUUGAUAGUCCCUAACACGUAGGAAACGUGUUACUCUAAUGAUCUGAACGGUAAAUUUAACUCUUAUUAACAAUUUUCUUGAAACCGUAAAGUAUGGCAGAAGUUAUGAGGGUAACUGUGGCUUCAAUGUUGAAGGGUAUAGAUAGAUAUAACCCUGAAAAUCUGGCAACUCUAGAACGCUAUGUAGAUAUCCAAGCCAGGGAAAAUGCUUAUGAUCUGGAAGCCAACCUAGCUGUACUAAAACUGUACCAGUUUAAUCCUACAUACUUUCAGACAUCUGUGGCUGUCCAGAUUUUGCUAAAAGCUCUUACCAACCUGCCUCAUACAGAUUUUGUUCUGUGUAAAUGUCUGAUUGACUCUCUUCACCUUGAGAAAAUUCCCAUUCAGCAGAUAAUGUUUCUUCAUGAUUUACUUGAGAUGUGUCAGUUUAAGGAAUUUUGGAAGGAAAUUACUAAAAAUCCUGAAAUUAUCAGUGGAAUCACUGGCUUUGAAGACUCUAUCCGAAAAUUCAUCUGUCAUGUAGUAAACAUAACAUUUCAACGCAUUGAGAAGACUGUUCUAUCAGAACUGCUGGGUGGGCUGUCUGAAAACCAGCUGAAACAGUGGAUGAAUAAGUAUGGGUGGACUGAUGUUGAAGAUGGUCAUGUAUUUAUAACAAACCAAGAAGAAAAUAUUAAAACCAAAAAGAUAACAGAAAAAAUUGAUUUUGAUAGUGUUGCCAUGAUAUUGGCUUCCAGCAGAUAAAAGUUGUCACUUGUUUGAAAUUUUCAAGCCUGCAUAUGUGAAAUAAAAAAUACUAACUCUACAGUGUUUUUUAUGGCUCUUUUACUGAAGAAAUUUUUAUAUAAAAGUAAAAAUAUUUUAUACGCUAAUGAAGUGAUAUUGGAGAGAUACAAAGAAAAAAUGGUUGAAAGUGUUAUAUAAUGAAACUUCCCACAUUGAACUUGUUAACCUUUACAAUAAUGUUUUUGUAUUAUCAGAUUUUGCUAUGUUACAACUGAAUUUUUCUUCUUACUGUAUUUUAAUUUUUCACUGAAAAAUGUAAUCAUUAUUUUCUCAUUGAAGCAGAGAGGUUUUCCCACGGGCUAAACUGGCUCCUUUUAUUCCUGUAGUUGAGAUUAGCUAAGGUCACUGAUACGUGUAGCUUGGAACUUGAUUCCUGGUUAGUAAUUUUUGUCUCAUUUUAGAACUGGUAAAAAGAUUGGCAGUA